UAGUCGGACUUAGGACCGCACAGUUUUUAGUCGUCGUCGGUCGUGUUCCGAGUCGUCUAUCUCCUUCUCUCUGUCCACGUCUUCACUUAAAAUCAAUUAUAUUAUGCCGGAAGCGACUCACGUCUCCAGACUGGCUCACACCUGUCCCAACCAACACAGAUGCCUGCAGAAGGUCUGCAUGGAGCAAACACAGAACCAGGACACUUUUCUGUUCACAUCAGAGUCUGUCGGGGAAGGCCACCCUGACAAGAUGUGCGAUCAGAUAAGUGACGCCAUAUUGGACGCUCAUUUGAAGCAGGACCCGGACGCUAGAGUGGCUUGUGAAACGGUAACCAAGACGGGGAUGGUGUUGUUGUGUGGUGAGAUCACAUCUAAGGCGGUUGUUGACUACCAACAAAUAGUCAGAGACACAGUCAAACACAUCGGCUACGACAACUCCUCAAAAGGGUUUGACUACAGGACUUGCAACGUGCUUGUUGCCUUGGAACAACAAUCGCCUAACAUUGCCAGUGGCGUCCAUGUGGACAGAGAGGAGGAUGAUAUAGGAGCAGGUGACCAGGGCCUGAUGUUCGGAUAUGCUACAGACGAGACCGAGGAGUGUAUGCCUCUUACUGUGGUUCUGUCUCACAAACUCAACGAGAAGAUCGCAGAACUGAGGAGGAACGGGGAGUUCCCUUGGGCCAGACCGGACACUAAAACCCAGAUUACCUGUGAAUACCGUUUCGACCAAGGAGCCUGCAUCCCCUUGAGGGUUCAUACCGUCGUAAUCUCGGUACAACACUCCGAGGACAUCACCUUGGACCAGCUACGACAACAAAUCAUAGAGAGGGUCGUCCAGGAAGUGAUACCUGCAAGGUUCCUCGACCAAAACACCAAGAUACACGUCAACCCGUGCGGGGAAUUCAUUGUGGGGGGACCUCAGGGAGACGCUGGGCUGACAGGUCGGAAGAUCAUAGUGGACACCUACGGAGGCUGGGGAGCACACGGCGGAGGAGCGUUCUCAGGGAAAGACUUUACCAAAGUAGACCGCAGCGCCGCCUACGCAGCCAGAUGGGUAGCUAAGUCUCUGGUAGCCGCCGGACACUGUAGGAGAUGUCUGGUACAGGUGUCAUACGCCAUUGGUGUUGCGGAACCGAUCUCUAUCACCGUGUUCGACUAUGGAACAUCAAGCAAAUCUCAGAAGGAACUCUUGGCCAUCGUCAACAACAACUUUGAUCUGAGGCCUGGCAAAAUUGUGAGGGAUUUGAACCUACGUAAUCCCGUAUACCAGAAGACAAGUACAUAUGGUCAUUUUGGGCGUGCAAUCUUCCCAUGGGAACAACCAAAGCAACUGAAAGAAGAUUUGAAAUAAUCCUGUAAUGUUGAAUCCACUAUCUGCCAAAGCUUGUUUACUCUAACUACCUGUUUCAAUACGCUUUGUAAUUCUACAGUUUUAAGUCUAAUGUAUCCUCUUAUAUUUUAUUAACAUUUGUAUAUACUUUUUAAGGACACGUGUUUUUAUAUUUACGAUGGUGUAUACAAUUUAGUUGUUUCAUGUCGUAAAACUUUGCUUAAUUUUAUUUUAUUACUGUAUGUGAAUGCAUUUUGCGAUAAAUUAAAAAUUUGUCAAAUAAAUUAUGAAAAUUUGUA